AUAAGGAAGAAAGAAAGAUACAGAAAGAGUAGUAGUUUUGUAAAACCUAAUUAUUAUUGUGAGCAAGCAUCAAUUUUGGCUCAUUUCCGUCACUAUUUCAAUUCAAUCAGAUCACUUUUUCAUCUCUUUAUGGUAUCCGUUUUAGACUGCGAAGUAUAAAAGAAAGGUGUUAUUAGGAAAAAUGCGAUCACUUGCCCGAGUGAUAUCCCAACUGACCACAAACUUAGGGGCCACACAGUUAAACACGGUCACCAAAUCAGUGGCAUGUAACUUUAUUUCAAGCAGUCGUUAUCUUUCCACUAAAGGGGGGAACGGUGGUGAUAUCGAUUGGGGGUCCGAGUCUACUUGGUCAAGUGGGCUUACCAAAGAGCAUUUUGACGGGGAGGAUGAAGAACAAAAAGUUGAGGACAGUAAUAGUAGUGUUAGUGGUGGCAAAGUUGGUGGCGGUGUUGGUGGAGGAAAAGGGGCAUCGGGUUCAACUCGUUUUGCAUCCGCAAAUGAGAAUGAGGAUGAUUUAGAACAGAUCAGGAAGUUGGCUGAUCAAGCUUUCCGUGAAGAUAAUGCGUUUGCAAACAAGUAUAAGGAGAGGAUGCGUGAAAUAAAUGUGUUGAUGAAACAGAUAAUGGAGCCUGGAGCAAGAGGGGCGUAUCUGAAGGACUCAGAGAAGGCUGAAAUGUAUCGGCUUCAUAAGCAGAACCCAGAAAUUUAUACUGUUGAGAAGUUGGCAAAAGACUAUAGGAUUAUGAGGCAGAGGGUGCAUGCUAUUUUAUGGCUCAAGGAAGAUGAAGAGAAAAUGGAGAAAAAGCUUGGACAUGCUCUGGAUGAUUCUGUGGAACAGCUGCUUGACAAUUUCCCUGAAUUUUUCGACUGGCAUGAUAAAGAGUUUCAUGUUGCGACUCUACCAUACAAGCCAGAUUUCAAGGUGAUGCCCGAGGGAUGGGACGGUACCAUCAAAGACCCAGAUGAGGUUCUGUAUGAGAUAUCAAUGAAAGAGGAUGAGAUCUUAUAUCAGGAGUUUCUUGAGAAGUUCAACUUUAACAAGAUGAAGAUGGAAGGGAAAGUAAAGGUUCAUAAGUACAGCAGGAGGCGUCCAUCAGAAGGAUGGGAAAUCACCGUUGAAAAGAUGGGGUCUCGUGGGAAGCGUGGAGAUGGCGGAGGAUGGAAGUUCAAGAGCUUGGCAGACGGGUCCACUAGACCGCUCAACGACUACGAAAAGAUGUUUGUAAGAAGGGAGAAACCUCGCAGGCGACGCAAGAUUCUCCACCCGAAAUAAAUUUAGAAAGAUGAAAGGUGUUAUUCUCAUAGACUAGACAGUUUUAUUCACUGCAAACGAUUUGAUCUCUUUUGUUCUUGCUGAAACAAAGGGCACUGUCAUUUGUGUUUCUAUGCAAUGUUUGUUAGCUUCAUAUAAAUGUCAAGCCUAGACCGAAACGUCUAAGCAUAACUAUUUUGUGCUGUGGUAUGAUACAAGUUAGAACUCGGUUUUCAUGUUUUGUAUUGGAUCAAAGUUUGGAGUAAAAAUUUAUGUAUGCAAGUUUUAGAAA